CCGAGCGGAUCAGGUUUUUCAUUCAAAUUCUAAAGCCCAAUUUCCCUCCUUCCCUAGCGCCCACCCCUGGACCCGCCGCGCUCAGCCACCAUCUCCAACCCAAAAUUCUCAAAAUUUCUCCUGUAUAACAAGGAUCCAUUGUCUAUUCUUUUCCUCCAACCUCCACGAAACUACCACUUCCAUUCCCACCACUAAAUCAACCGCCAUCACACCCGCAAUUCCAACCUAUUUCGACCAAAACCAUCCACUAUCUCUACAAGCCACCGCCGCACCCGGUCCGUGCCUUAGUAUAGAGUGUCCAAGGCAACACUUCUUUCUUAAACUCAUCGGAGCACGUUUCAUCCAUCCCAACAACUGAAAAUGGCAACAGAGUCAUCAGAGGGAGAAGAAGAAGGGAAGAUUACAGGGGGGAAUCAGCACUUGAUUGUAGAUGAUGACCUCAGAGAAAUGGGCAAAAAAGCUGCUUGGAGUGUCAGCUCUUGCAAACCUGGCAAUGGCGUCUGCACUCUCUGUGAUGACAAUCUUGAUUCCUUUUGGCAAUCGGAUGGUGCACAGCCUCAUUUGGUGAACAUUCAAUUCCAGAAGAAAGUAAAGCUACAAUUGGUUGUGCUUUAUGUGGAUUUCAAGCUUGACGAGAGCUAUACCCCCAGUAAGAUCUCUAUUCGCACUGGCGAUGGAUUUCACAACUUGAGGGAGAUCAAGACUGUGGAGCUUGUCAAGCCAACUGGCUGGGUUUAUCUAUCCUUAUCUGGAAAUGAUCCUAGGGAAACUUUUGUCAAUACAUUUAUGUUACAAAUUGCUGUGCUAUCGAAUCAUCUUAACGGAAGGGAUACUCAUGUUCGGCAGAUCAAAGUUUAUGGGCCUCGACCGUCAGUCAUCUUCUUUUUUGCUUAUCAUAAACUGGUUAGUAAUAUUCGUAUUAAAGCUUUGUUUUUAAAUGCCUCGGUUGCAGGAAUCCUAUACCCCAUCAGCCUUUUCAAUUUACUUCAAGGGAGUUCAUUACAUACUCUUCAGUGAGAUGAGAAAUGUGAUGUAGCAGGAAAACAGAGAAGAGGAACCAUGCCUGAAACUGUGUAAAGCAUGCAGCUGAAAGUAGCCAAACCAUCCAAGAACCAUGUGUUCUGGACAUCUUUAAUCUAUUAUGUUCGACAAUUACCAAAGAAAUACAGAUUGAGAUAAUGUCACUAAUUUCCUCAAAAACAUUAUUACUGUUUUGUGAUAUGAAGUUAAGGAGAGUAAAGCCAGUCUGAAAAGCCAUUGUUGACUUGAA